AUGACCAGCAGAGCCUCGGGAGAGGCCAGAGCUGCCAGCCUCCCGACACAUGGCGACGGCAGAUCCGCAGACAGCCAGGCCCCCCUCCCCGCAGACGCCCCGGUGGCUAACGGUGCUGCAGUGUCAUCUGAACAGCGGGAUGUAGAUCAGGCCUCGGUCGAGUCGGCGACCUCCAAACCCACAUCAGCAUCCGGGGACGAGGACAAGUCUGAAGCAUGCGAUGGACCAGGGCAAGAUUCACGCGUGACGGGAUGUCUUCAGACCUCCCAAGCUGACCCCCUGGUGGGGGAGGCAUCGCAGAGGGCAGCAACCACGGGCGGAGAAGGAGAAUUAGCUCCAGCUUCCCCAGGGGCUCAGGUUCAGUUCCGCAGGAACGGGGACGCUCAGCCCGUCGAGCGCACUGCAGACGUGGAUGGUGGGCUUGGCAGUCAGGCCACCAGCACCACUGAAACCGCUGAGGAGGGACCUGAAGGUCCAGAGGCCUUGGACGUUGACACGGACAGGUCUCAGGGAGUGACGGAAGGGGCUUCGGAGGACCGCUCUGGAAACCUGCAGGCUCAGCAGUUCCCUCCGUCCCCAGGAGGCAGUGCCCCACCAUCGCCUGGCCCCCAGGAGGUGGCCGGGGAGAGAAGGUCCCUAGACUCCAGGCUUUACGAGGCCGAUGAGAACACCUACAUGCGCUCCAUGACCAGCUUGCUGGGUGGAGGGGAGGGGACCAUCAGCUCCCUGGCAGACGUCCUCGUGUGGUCGGAGAUCACCACGGGCAUGGCCACGGCCUUCCUGGCCUCUGGCCACAGCUCCGUCACUGACCUGCUGCACAGCACUGGCCCCAGCCUGCGCUCCAUCUCCAGCAUCCUGGGGAGCACCUUCUCCUCUGGGCCAAUGGCAGGGACUAGCUCGGCUCUGCGCUCUGUCACCCACAUGCUGGAGAGGGUGGAGCAGAGGACCGUAGAGGGCGUCCGCUCGGCCGUGCGCUACCUGACCAGCCACCUUCUCCCCAGCCAGGCCCAUGAUGGCCCAAAUUCUGACUAGACCCCAUGGACAGAGCCCCAAAGGACCGGCUCAGCAGCUUCUGAGAGCCGUGGGACCCUCACGCCUGCUCCCUUGCCCACUCCUGCCCUGGCUGGCUCUCCCCAGAUGGGGCAAUAAAGCACUGGCGAGCCUUUAUUUUCUAAGCGCAGAAGGGUGUCCCCUGAGGGCUUCUCAGGUUGUCCCAUUGCGGGG